UAAGGUUUUUUGUCCCAUUACCACGAAAGUGUAAUGGCAGCCAAUUUAUCUGUAUAUUUCCCAAUUAACAAGGGAACUGGUCGUCUGUUUUAAAACGCUCAUUUUGGUGUACGAUUUCCCGGUGUCCCUAGCUUAGCCGCUAAUAUCUUGGCUAGCCGGUUAGCAUGUGACUGCCUGACCAGCUUAACGGUGACUGAGAUGGCAGCCAAUGGAGCCAGCUGUGAACAGCCUCAGAAACGCGCAGGAACUAAAGAUAAACAAAAUGGAAAGUCUGCAGACUUAUCAGUAAAAGACAGACGACAGAAGGACAAAGAGGAGCGUCUUUCUCUGGUGUUAUGGAGGAGGCCAGUCACAACUCUACAUUACUUUCUUCUGGAAGCCCUCAUUAAGCUACAGGAGUUGACUUUUAAGCUCUGGCAACAACGAUGCCCAGUGUUCUUAUUUUUGGUGUUAUGUUCUCUCUUCUCAUUUGCAUAUUAUACUGAGGGAACGCACCAACAAUAUGUUCAGUACCUGGAAAAGAAGUUCUUGUGGUGUGCCUACUGGGUAGGCCUUGGGAUCCUGUCUUCAGUAGGACUUGGGACUGGUCUGCACACCUUCCUUCUUUAUCUGGGUCCACACAUAGCAUCAGUAACCCUGGCAGCAUAUGAGUGUGGAUCUACAGACUUCCCAGAGCCUCCCUAUCCAGACCAGAUUGUCUGUCCCCAAGGUGAAGUCAUGGACGUCAGCAUCUCCCUCUUCUCAAUCAUGUCAAAAGUCCGACUGGAGGCCUGCAUGUGGGGUGCCGGCACCGCCAUCGGAGAGCUGCCUCCGUAUUUCAUGGCCAGAGCAGCUCGUCAGUCUGGAGCUGAUCCAGAUGAUGAAGAUUAUGAGGAGUUUGAGGAGAUGCUCGAGCAGGCAGAGGGUGCUCAGGAUUUUGUCACAAGAGCAAAGCUGGGAGUCCAGCAUAUGGUGCAGAAAGUGGGAUUCUUUGGGAUCUUGGCUUGCGCCUCAAUUCCUAAUCCUCUCUUUGACUUGGCUGGAAUAACCUGCGGCCAUUUCCUGGUUCCCUUCUGGACUUUCUUUGGAGCAACUCUGAUUGGGAAAGCUAUCAUCAAGAUGCAUAUACAGAAACUUUUUGUUAUCAUUACCUUCAGCAAGCACAUAGUGGAGCAAAUGGUGUCACUCAUUGGGUCCAUCCCUAAACUAGGACCAUCACUCCAGAAGCCCUUCAGUCAGUACCUGGAAGCACAGAGGAACAAGCUGCACCAUUCUGGAGGAAGCGCACCAGCGGAUGAGAAUUGGCUGUCGUGGGUGUUUGAGAAGGUGGUGCUGGUCAUGGUUUGCUACUUUGUCAUCUCCAUCGUCAACUCCAUGGCUCAGAGCUACGCCAAGCGGCUGCAGCUGCUGAGGCACUCGGAAGAGAAAACCAAGUGAUGGCAAAACAAAGCGGUGCGCACAUCCAAGUGACUGUGUCUCUGCUGCUGCUGAGAGCGCUCCACUCAGCUACAGCCGCUCACAACUUAACAACAAACCUCACCCCCAUCCAUUCUCAGAGAAGCUAAAUGCUUACAAAGAAAAGAAAAAACAGGCAUUGUCUGCCUCUGUGUGUGUGUGUGCGCGCGCUGUUGAGGAUGUAUGUGCUGUUUACUGUUCCUUCUUCAGGUUUUGUAGUUCUUCCUCUCAUCUCACUGUGUGUAAGUAGUGUGAAUGGCUGUACUGCUGAUCGUAACAUGUUACUUUAACUUUAAAUUAAUCCUUUCAUUGACCUCAGAAGUAAAGCAGCAGUUUGAUGGAAGCUGCUGCGUUAAGGGCAGCGCCCAUCAGAUGCUAUGCCUUAUGCAAGAUGGGAAAGUAUGACUUCCCAUGAAUAUGGUUCUUGACUUAAUGACUUGAUUUUUAUUUAAUUUUGUAACCUUAAUGUAUGGAUGGAGAUAGAUUUGAUUGUAUUGUGUGCUGCCAUGAUAACUGCUACAGAUGGGGGGUUUGUUUUCAGGGUUUAAUUGUCCUCAUGUCUUUAUUAUGUUUAACAGUCGAACCAUGUUGUCAUCUUUUGUUUCUGGAACUGUUGGUGGGGGAAAAAAAGCAAUAUCACCUUAAAAUAAUGAGGCAUUGAUGCUUUGCACAUUGUGUAAAUAUCUUAAUAUCUUUUUGACAGUGUGCUCAAAUGUAUUUCUAUUCCUGUAGUUGGUGUGGACAUAAACCAAAACAAAAAAAGGGUGGUAUUUGUAAAAUAACAUUGUACUCUCAGCAAAUAUUCCCAUUUCUAUUCUGUGCAUUUAGGUCGAGUCUCGGAUCAAUAUAAAAGAUGAAAUUACAGCACUUGUUUCCAUGUCUGAGUUUUUGGUUUGUUUGUUUUUUGUUUUUUUGUAUUUUCUUUUUAAACAUUGAUUUUCAAAACCCUUAUUGUAAUCAUGUCAUGUUGAUUUUUAACCAACACAGAGCUAAUGCUUGAUUUUCUCUUAUAAAUGGUCCAUUGCAAGGUAAGUGAAGUGAUUGGCUCUUAUAAAUGAUCAUUUUACUCCAUUUGAUUAAUUCUUUGCACUCAUGUCCUUUAUUAGAUGUAGCUAAAUUUGGCUUUUGGUGCUCUCCAUCUGGAUGAUUCUCAGUCGGGCUGUGCCAAUUAAGACUUCAAUUUGAACGCUGUCCUGACUCCUGAGAUGUGUACUGUAGAUUCUGGUCCUCUCCCCCCUUUUGGAUUAAGAUGCAUCCCUCAACACUACCUUCCCACCCCGUCAGCUAGCUUAUCAGACUGGUGUUGGCAGUUAAGUUUGCAUGGCAGCAGCGGUCUGUAAGCUGGCUGAAGUUGUGGGGAUUCAGCACUGCACUUUAACUGGUCCAUUUGUGGAUGCAACAGCCUGUCUUCAGUGAUGCUCUGUUUUCAUGUCAGCCAUGUUUUGUUGUGUAAAAUUAAUAAAGUAAUGAAAAGUUAA